AUAUAUGGUUGAUAUUAUCUCAUAUUUCAUACGACUCCAUUCGACCACACAACACAGCUAUGGCACUUGCUCUCAAAUUUCUUACUCUCUCCUCACUUUGUUUUCCUCCAUCCACAACUUCACUCUUCCUUCUGCGGUCUAAUUAUUCACAAUCUUUAAAGCUCAAUAACAAACCUUCCUCAAUCUACACCAUCAAUUCCAAGUCCUUUCGUCUCUUUUAUCGUUUCUCCGUUGAUGAUGAAAAUGAUGAUGAAAACUCAAACUCUAGCUUCGAUGAAGCAGUUGCACUUUUCAACAAGAGGGCUUACUAUGAAUGUCAUGAUUCUCUUGAAGCUCUAUGGUACAGCGCCGAAGAACCAACUAGAACUCUCAUUCAUGGUAUUCUUCAAUGCGCUGUGGGAUUUUAUCACCUAUUUAACCAGAACCAUAAAGGAGCAAUGAUGGAGUUGGGAGAAGGACUUGGUAAGCUCCGUAAAAUGAAUUUUUCGAGUGGACCAUUUCAUGAGUUUGAGCGGGAGAUUUCUGCAACUUUGGAUUUUAUUUAUCAAACUCAAAUUGAAUUGGCUGCCUGCAUUGAUGAUCUAUGUCUUGCAAUGGAUCAAUCAGAAAGAUCAUAUCAACUUCUUGGGGACUAUGGUGCUGGGCAACAUUUGUAUCAUCUUGAGAGUGAUCACAAUGAAAUUAUGUAUAUAGUCUUCCACCCUCCAAGAUCUUAUGCCUCUCACAGCUCUUUAAAGGCAAGUUGGCCAACGCUAUGAUAGGGAAGAAUUUCGGUAUGCAUAAGGCAAAACAAAAUCAGAAGAGUUCAGAAAUAUUAGUCAUUUUUGGAAUGUCUUGAAGGACUAUUUCAUGCAAGAGGCUUUUGUAAAAGCUCACUUGGAUGACCAGUAAAUAUGAUGAUGUUGACCGUCGAUGGAGUAUUCUCACCGCUACGAUCGAUGGGAUCCCAUUUAAAGGCAAAAAUAGAAACAGAAAAAGAAUGAUGAUGCUACAUUUGAGACGAUGUGAUAGAAACAAAUCUUAAAAUAGCAUUAAAAAGUAACCCAUCCAAUGAUAUUAAACAUCCAGAAAAUUGCCAUUUACAUGUGUCCCAGGCAGAAAAUUCACAAGUACCACUUCACCUCAUCUCAGACAUUCUAAGAAAACUUAUAGCUGAAUAAGAAAGAGGGUCAAAAAGAUUGCUUUGAAAUAUAGGAGGAACGUUAGGCUUGUCUUGCUCCUCCACAUUGCAUAUG